CCCAAGUUGCACUUUCUUCCAAAACUCAAAGCUCUCUGUGACUCUCUGAGCUCUGAGCAGCAAAAGACCAACCAGCGAACUUCAGAAAAUGGUGAGGGACGAACUGUACAUAACCGUACCGAACCUCUUCCGGUGCCCAAUCUCAAUGGACGUGAUGAGGUCUCCCGUAAGCCUCAGCACCGGCGUCACAUACGAGCGCACCAGCAUCCAGCACUGGCUCGAAUCCGGCCACGACACCUGUCCCGCCACCAUGCAAAUCCUCCAGUCCAAGGACUUCGUCCCCAACCUCACUCUCCGCCGUCUGAUCAACCUCUGGGCCCAAUCCCACGGCCCCGCCUCGCCGGCCUCACCUCCUUCUCUCUCAUCCCAACAGCUCACCUCCCUCGUCCAGUAUCUCGAAACGGAGAACGAGAAAUUCAACCAGAGUCUACUCCACUCGUUGUCGAAGAUGGUCGAUUUCGCGAAAGCCGGUGACGAGAACCGGAAGUUUUUGGCGAAUUUCAACGGUUUCGUUCCCGCCAUUGUUGGGGUUCUGAACAGAGAAGGCGUCGAAAUCGAGGUUCUCGAAUCGGUAAUUAGGGUUUUGGAUUUGAUAUUGCCUCAAAAUGGAGUCAAAGAACAAUUGCGCCAAUUGCUUACGAAAAGCAACCGAAAUUGCCUCUCUUCGAUUCGAUUGCUGUUGCAGAAAGGCAGCCUGAGCUCGAAGAUCGAAUCCGCCAGGGUUCUGGAUUCGAUCGCGCUCGAGGCCGAGUCGAAACGAUUAAUCGCAGAGAAAGAAGGCUUAUUGUCCGUACUAAACGAUCUAUUGAGCUCAGAAACCGAUCAGAACCUACACGGCGUCGUUUUCUCAUGCUUAGCAUCCGUGUCAGUGACUCGUACAGUUAAAGCGGAACUCGUCCGGUUCGGACUCGUCCGAGUCAUCACAACAACGCUCUUAAACCCCGACACUACCAUCUGGCUAGCGGAAAAGUGUUUAAAGCUUUUGUCCACGAUUGCCACGUGUGCGGAGGGCCGGUCCGCGAUAAGCGAGGAGGAGAAAUGCGCAGCCGCAGUGGCGGAGAGGCUGAUGAAGGUGUCACGGUCGGCGACGGAGGACGGCUUGGCGGUGUUGUGGAGUGUGUGUUGCAUGUUGGGGGAUAAGAGGGCUAGAGAGAGUGUGAUGAGGAGCAAUGGGGCGGCAAAGGUGUUGUUGGUGAUGCAAAGUGGAUAUGGGGAGGGGAAUUUUGUGAGGAGGAUGUGUGGGGAUUUGAUUAAAGUUUUGAGUGUUGGGUUGGGGUUGGGGUUGAGCUACGACACCAAAACUUUACAUAUCAUGCCUUGUUGAAAAUGUUGUUGAUUGUAUUGUAUUGGGAACUUUUACUUGAUGAUUUGGAUCAUUUUUUCGGAUUGUGGAUUGGAUGGGAAAAUUAAUACAAGAAAAGGGAAAUUCUUUUUGUUCUUU